AUGUCAGUUAGCAGCGUCGCUAUAUUCAAUCGCUAUGCGAUGUCCUGGAAAAUGUUGGGCAUCAAUACAGGACGCAACAAAUAUCUAUGCGGCUUGUAUGACAUUUUUGUGACGCUUUUCAUGACGAUCAACUUUCCGCUCCAUCUCAACAUUGGACUGCUGCAGAGCAAAACGCAAGGUGAAAUAAUAAGUAAUUUGGUGGUAAAUGUGGCGGCCAGUGCAUGCAGCGUCAAACAAUUCAUUUUGCGUAGAAAGCUAACAAAAUUGAACGAACUGAAUGAAAUAUUUGGACAACUGGAUGGUCGCGUUAUAGACAAGGAUGAGCAACUGUACUUUCAGAAGAUUAUGUUGCGUGAUGCACGUUUCCUGCUCAACACGUUUAUUACCAUUUACGUAUCUGUCAGUGCUGCUGCCAUUUUGGCACUGCUGAUGGACGAAGAGAGACGCCUCUUGUUGCCAGGAUUCUUUCCAUUCGAUUGGCGUGCGACCAAUCUGAGUUAUUUAUGUGCUGUUGGCUAUCAGUUUGUCGGUUUGUCAAUGCAAGUGCUGCAGAAUUUUGCCAAUGAUGUUUGCGGUCCGUUAAGUUUAUGCAUGUAUGCAGGUCACGUACAUCUCUUGAGUAUGCGUGUAUCCAAAAUAGGGCACAAUGCAGAUAUAACACCAGAACAAAAUUAUACUGAAUUAAUCGCUUGCAUUGAGGACUACAAAAAGCUGAUGAGAAUGUUCAUUAUAUUGCAGGACACUUUGUCCUCUGCAAUGUUUGUGCAAUUCGUGUGCAGCGGGUUCAAUAUUUGCGUUGCUGUGGUUUCGAUAUUAUUUUUUGCCGAUAAUUUAUUUGCAAUUGUGAAUGCCAUUGUGCUCCUCAUAGCUAUUUCAGUGGAAGUAUUCCCAGCUUGCUACUACGGUAGUAUGCUGCAGUUGGAGUUCAGAGAUUUGCCGUAUUCCAUUUUCUCAUCGAACUGGGUAAUGCAAUCGCGUAAAUUUCGUUAUAAUGUUGUGAUUUUUGUAGAAAUGUCCUUGAAAGAAGUAACAGCAUAUGCUGGAGGAAUGGUAAGGAUACAUAUUGAUUCGUUCUUUGCUACAUGCAAGUUAGCAUAUUCAUUUUUUGCACUUAUUCAAACCAUGAAGUAGACAGUCUUAGAAGACAAAUAUAUGCAGUAUAUACCUAAUAAUAAAUGAUUUUUCUUGGAAGAAUAGGUCCUCUAAAUGGUCCUUAGAAGGAAGCAAGGUUCAUUUUUACAAAAUUGAAAAUUUGAGCAU